AUGACUCUGUCGGAGAAGAAUCCCGUCCAUCUUGGGCCAUACCGACCUACAGUCAUUCUACAUGGAGGCGCUGGAGCGAUAUCCCGAGCCAGCCUGCCACCUGAGCUAUAUGCUCGCUAUCACGCAUCACUACUGGCCUAUUUGACACAAACACGGAAGCUUCUUGACUCCGGGGCAUCCGCGCUCGAUGCAGCGACUUAUGCCGUCACCCUUUUCGAGAAUGACCCACUUUUCAAUUGCGGCCGGGGUGCUGUCUUCACCGACAAAGGGACCAUUGAAUUGGAAGCGAGCAUCAUGGUCACUUCCUUGAAUCCCGAUGGGCCGCGUGUUGGGGCCGUCAAGCGAGCUGCAGCUGUCAGCCUCGUGAAGAAUACGAGGCAUCCUAUCCUUUUGGCCAAGGAGGUCUUAGUAGCGUCUGAUAGGAAUGAAGGUCUUGGUGGUACUAACACUAUGCACACGCACCUUAGUGGACGAGAACUUGAGGAAUGGGGUUGGAAGGAGCGUGGUCUAGAGAAGAAACCCGAAUCUUGGUUCUGGACGAAGAAGAGAUGGGAAGAGCAUCGACGAGGAUUGCAUCAGGAUGUACAGGGCCUUGAUGCAUAUACGUUCGAAGACCUUUUGGUAUCAGCCGAUCCCCUCGGGCAGAUUUCUCGUCCGGGAGCUGACAUAGACCUGGAUGUUUUGAUCAUCCCGAGUCAGGGUACAGUUGGAGCCGUGGCUUUAGACUCAUGGGGCAACCUGGCGACAGCGACCUCGACCGGUGGUUUGACAAAUAAGAAGCCUGGUCGUAUAGGCGAUACUCCAACGGUAGGUUCUGGGUUCUGGGCUGAGGCGUGGGAGGAAGAUGUCUCGUCCAAUGUGGCAGCGGGGACCCCUGCAGCCACAAUCGCAGAGAAGCCUCUUGUCGAACAAGUCUGUGAUGCGUUCUGGGAGCACACUAGAGCAGUGCUAGAGCCCUGCCUCGCACCACUGCAAUCUCAAAGGGCGUAUGAUUAUCACAAUCUGGACAGCGCUCCUCCGUCCUACGCCUCAAUCGUCGAGGGUUCUUCCUCCACCCAAUCAUAUACGACAACAUCCAUGACUUUCCCGCAAGAAUCAAAGCAGCGACAGCGCCGUGCAGUAGCAUUGUCUGGAACAGGAAAUGGCGACUCAUUCCUCCGCACGAAUGCGGUGCGCACAGCAGCCUCAAUCAGCAGAUUCUCGCCGCAAAAUGUCUCGCUCUCGGAUGCGGUCCAUCUCAUUGCCGGGCCAGACGGCGAGCUCCAAAGGUCGGCUGGUGAUCGUUGGGGACGCACAGGUGAAGGUCAGGGAGGUAUCAUCGGGAUUGAGGUUACUGACAAUGGAGGAGACGGAUCUUCACAAGCCUACAGUGGAAUCAAGCGAGGCCAGGCGGUAUUUGACUUCAAUUGUGGUGGACUCUUUCGAGCAUACUAUAAAGACUCGCAGGACGUGGGUGGGAAGGAGAUCCCCACGGUGGCUGUCUUCAAGGAAGAGUAUUGA